AUGUUGUUUACAAACUUGUUAGUCAUCUGGAAAAAUUUAAAUAAAACAAGUUUAGUUAGCAUGGAUAACAACAUAGAAUUUGCAAAUUCCCCUGGUAUUGAAUUGCUCGAUGAUGACGAAAUCGCACAAUUGGACUUUCAAACAAUGUCAACUCUUCAAUUCAAUAAAAUACCUUCGGAAGAAAUCAUAUAUCAGAAAAAAGAGAAAAUAAAGAUGAUAGGAAAGUUUGUUAUGGGCGAUAAAUUAGGUGAGGGAAGUUAUGGAAAAGUCAAAGAAGUACUUGAUACUGAAACACUAAGUCGCAGAGCUGUGAAGAUUCUUGCAAAGCGAAAGCUUCGACGGAUACCGAAUGGCGAAGUUAACGUUCGAAAUGAGAUUCUCUUUCUACGAUCUCUUAAGCACAAUAAUGUUGUUCAGCUGAUCGACGUCCUCUACAAUGAGGAAAAAGCAAAAAUGUAUAUUGUGAUGGAAUAUUGUGUUUGUGUUCUUCAGGAGAUGCUUUCAUCAGCUCCUUCAUCCAAACUACCAUUAUAUCAAGCUCACAACUAUUUUAAACAACUUAUCGAUGGAUUAGAGUACUUACAUGGACAAAGUGUGAUUCACAAUGACAUCAAACCUGGAAAUUUACUCUUGACACUUGAUGACACUCUAAAGAUUUCUGACUUUGGUGUUGCUGAAAAAUUAAAUCCAUUUGCUUCUGAUGACAAAUGUACAAAAGGACAAGGCUCACCAGCAUUUCAACCACCUGAGAUUGCAAACGGCCAUGAAUCAUUUUCUGGUUUUAAAGUUGAUGUGUGGAGUGCCGGAGUGUCUCUUUAUAAUAUAACAACCGGACUAUAUCCAUUUGAAGGCGACAACAUUUAUCGUCUUUUGGAAAAUAUCAGCAAAGGUGUUUGGAGUAUUCCUGAUGGUCUCGACCCACUUCUUGCAGAUCUUCUUCUUAACAUGUUAAAAUUCGAUGCUAAUGAACGAUACACAAUUCAAAAUAUUCGUUCUCAUGCUUGGUUUAUUUCAUCGCCUAUUUCAACAGGAGAUGCGAUUCCAGUGCCGCCAUUAAAAGGAGAUAGUUUAAGAAGUUCGACAGUGUUGCCUUAUUUAGAAUCUUAUCAUUAUGAAAGCCCUCAGCAAGAAUCCAAUCCUUACUUCACUGAACAUGACCUUCAUGCUGAAGAAAUGGCUUUAUCAGCAUCGUCUUCUCAAAAAAUCAACACUACACAAAGUAUUACAAAUCAUGGCACGAUUGCAACCGAAAAACCUCUAGAGUUAAGCAAGAAACGACGAGCAAAGAAGAAAUUUGUUUCAUGUGUUAAACUUACACAUUGCCGUCAAUCUUAGAAAGGCAGAUUAAAAUCUUAAUUUGGGAAAUAAUUUAUUUUCAUGUGAAUUAAAUAAGAACAUCGAUUUAUCUUUUAUUUUUCUGCAAUCUCGAUUGAGACUUCAAAUUACUCCACAAGCUUCAUAAAGACUUUUUAGAAUGAGAAAAAAAAAACUUGUUGAUGUUUCAUUAUAUUAACUUGGUUCAGAGAAUUUUCUUUUCUUUAGAAUUUGGUAUAGGAUUUGAUUCUCCAAGUGAUCCUCGUCUUAAAAUAUAUCGUAGGGAUACACAAUGCUGAAAAUAAUAAAAUAAAUUACGCAUACAUUUAGUAUGGAAAAUAAAAUCGAUUUGGAUGCAUUUGCCGUUUGAAAACAGACUGGCUUUAAAGAAUUUUCCUCAAAUAAAAAAUCUAAUAAUAAUAAAACAAAAACGAAA